AUGAGAACCAGCUGCGCCGACCUUCUGACGGCUGCUGACGCUCUCUCAGGAGGAGACAUCGAGGCCAACAUCGUGGAAGCCGACAUCGCUUGCGACGAAUGGACGACGGUUGAAGUCGGGCAAAACAAGCUCAAGUUCGUCGGGAGCGGGGCCACUUUCACCAGCGCCCGCUUCGUCGUGGCUGCAGGCGCGGUUCUGCGCGCAGACGUGCCGCUCGUGUUCACGGGUGAUCAGACACAGGUACUUUGUACCUGCAUGUGGUUUGUUUGA